AUGGAUGCGCCUGGUGUGAGAACGGUGAACGAGGGGGAUACAAAGGGUGCUCCGGAGCUUGAUGUGUCCUCUGCACGGAGCCGAUCCUCUUCGGGCGCCAACCCUGACGAACACGAGAAGGACUAUCAAGAUGGCGACGCCGAUACCGCAGCGAGUGAUGACCUCGACGAAGAGGAGGAAGAGGAGGAAGAGGAGGAAGAAGAAGAUGAGGAGGACUCUGACGAGGAUGACGAGGAGCCCCGACUCAAAUACGCUUACCUCACCAAGCACUUGGGAUCAGUAUAUCGCAACGGCGAUGCGACCAGCACAUUCCUGGUCGCAGGAGACAAGAUGAUUGUUGGGACUCAUAAUGGCGUUAUUCAUGUCCUAUCUUUGCCUUUUCUGCAGCCCCUUCGCGUAUACCAUGCACACUCAGCAAGCGUCACGUCCAUAUCUAUAUCGCCAUUUCCCCCUCCUCUGCCGAAACUCAGGGUUGAUGCCUCCAACAGACCAACUGCAGAAGAUGUGCGACCACCGACACGGACAUCGACCAGCUCGGGUAGCAUUCGCGGGCAUCCCAAGUCGAGUCAGCAGGGACCCAUUCCACCGACGCCUUCGAACUCAAUACACAUUGCAUCAUCGUCAAUUGACGGCAAUGUAUGCAUUUCCUCAUUGAUCGACCCCAAAGAUAUCCUCAAGCGGAACUUUGGCCGACCAGUUCAAGCGGUCGCGCUUUCUCCCGACUACAAGAACGAUCGGUCAUUUAUUUCCGGUGGCCGAGCCGGCGAGUUGAUUCUCACAACCGGCGGCCGUGUUGGGGUGAGCUCCAACGCCACUACAAUGGGAGGUGCAACUGCUACAGCUUCCAGCUGGCUGGGAUCCAUGGGCCUGGGUGCAAGCAAUGGGAAAGACACUGUCUUACACAGCGGCGAAGGCGCCAUUAGCACAAUUAGAUGGUCCCUGUCUGGUAAAUACGUUACUUGGGUGAACGAGGAGGGCAUCAAGAUCAUGCGAUCCAACUUGCAUCUCGAAUCGUCUGAAUCGGAGUUCGCGUGGAAGCGGAUCAGUCAUAUUGAUCGUCCAAACGGGCCUGGGUGGGACGAAAUGGCUAGUGUCUGGAAAGCACGCGCCGAGUGGAUCGAUGAAACUACAUUGGACGAUGAUGUCCUGUUAAAUCCUGGCGAUCCGACCCCCGCAAAACAUACACCUUCAACCGUACCAACAGAAAAGACUGAAAAGCUGGUCGUGGGCUGGGGAGGUACUGUGUGGGCAAUUGAUGUCUUUCCUGACCGAGCAUGCAAGUCCUCGAAGGGCCAACGGUAUGGUUCUGCGGAAGUAUCUACGAUAUUACGAACGGACUGUGUGAUAUCUGGCAUCUCAUUGUAUAGCCCUCGUCUCCUUGUUGUACUUGCACACAUCGAGGCGGAAAGUGAUUCUCCAGGGAGUGCCGGAGAGACUUCUGGGAGACGUCACCGGCAGAGGAGUCUGGAGCCUGAACUGCGGAUCAUCGAUAUCGAGACAAAGGAAGAGCUCAGUGCAGACACCUUGUCUGUUAGCCGCUUUGAAGGCUUAACAUCUUCGGACUAUCAUUUGAGUGUCUUGCCGCCAUGGAAGACACCGGAAGGACAGGUGGUUCAGCGAGGUGCUCUUGGCACUAUUGGGCAUGGUCUUCUCGAUGCCACAAUGUACUCUGCCAGGCUCUUUAGCUCUGGUGCUAGCAUUCGCAGCACUACGAGCAGCGGUGACAGAGUAUCGGCCAGAGUUCCCCCGUCAUUUAUUUCAAGGCAACUCUCCAUUGAUGACCCACCUCCCAAGGAAGUACAAGAUGUCUCAGGAGCCCCGGGCGCAAAGAUAUUUGUCCACAGCCCGUACGACUGUGUUGUUGCAAUGAAGAGAGAUUUUGCAGACCGACUCGCUUGGUUGAAUUCCCGGGGCCAAUACGAGCAAGCGUGGAACCUCAUCGAUGAGCACCCUGAAGUCGCAGGAUCGAUUCCAGACUUGGCUGAAAUCCCCCCUGGUCUCAGGUCGCAAAGUAGUUUGGGAGACUUUUUUGCAGACGAUCGAUCGUCAGUCUUGACUGCUGGUCCAGCAAAAGCUUCCGCUUCCGAUCAAGAAAAGGCCCGGAUCGGUGAACGAUGGAUUGAGCAACUAAUUGACCAAGGCAAGUGGUCAGAAGCUGCUGAAAUCUGUGAGAAGGUUCUACGCGCUACCCCCCGCUGGGAACACUGGGCAUGGGUGUUCAUCAAGAAAGGCAGGGUGGAUGAGAUAACCCCCCAUAUUCCGAUCAACCUACACCCUUCCAUCUCUGCGGAAAUCUAUGAAUUUGUUCUUAACCAUUAUGCUUCGCGGGAUCUUGGCCGGUUCAAAGAUCUAGUUGAUUCGUGGCCUUCGGAUUUGUUCGAACCAGACAGCGUGAUUCUGUCUAUUGAGGACCAAAUCAAAUCGGAUUCAAUACUAGUCCAGUCAGAUGAUUGGCAAAUUCUUACUGAUAGUCUUGCCAAGCUGUACCUAAUGGGCGGUCAUUAUCGCGAGGCAUUGCAUUGCUACAUUCGACUUCAAGAUGCGGAAGCAGCCAUGGCAUUGAUAAAGGAACAUCACCUGGUCGACGCGGUGUCGGAUGAUAUCCCUGCUUUUAUCAUGAUUCGAGUAACCAAAGAGCAGAUGAAAUCGGCUCCAAAGUCAGAACUGGAAGAGCUGGCUGCGGAGCCAAUACAGCUCUUGGUUAGCGAAGCCUACACUGGUAUUGUUCGCCCUGAGACAGUGGUAUCCCAGCUCAAGGCUGCAAACCGAAUCUUGUUCCUCUACUUCUAUCUUCGUGCUCUCUGGCGUGGUGAAGCCUUGCCCCACGAUACCUCCAAACCCCGACGAGGCCGGGGAGCUCAUGCUCGUGAUGCAGCAAGCAAAUUAGCAGCCGACGAAGGGAAAGCCCUCAUUGAUGCUUUUGCCGAUACUGCUGUGGAGGUCUUUGCUGAUUAUGAUCGGCCGCUGCUGAUGGAAUUCUUGCAAACCAGCAUUUCAUAUUCUUUCGAGACAGCCACCCAUAUCUGUGAACAGCGCCACUUUACUCAAGAGCUGAUUUACCUGCUAUCGAAGGUGGGCCAGACAAAGCGGGCUUUGAACCUGAUCCUAUCGGACCUGAAGGAUGUGUCACAGGCCAUCUCAUUCGCCAAGACCCAAGAUGAUCCAGACCUAUGGGAGGACCUUCUUGAUUACUCUAUGGAUAAGCCAAAGUUCAUCCACGGGCUGCUUGUGGAGGCUGGAACAUCCAUUGAUCCCAUCAAGCUAGUCCGCCGAAUUCCAAGCGGACUGGAGAUUGAGGGCUUGCGGGACGGCCUUACUCGAUUGAUUCGUGAACAUGAUCUACAGACCAGUAUUAGCCAGGGUGCUGCUCGAGUCAUGCAGAGUGAGGUUGCUUUGGGAAUGGACACACUGCGCCAAGGACAAAGACGUGGAAUCAAAUUCAACAUCAAUGAUGAGGGUGUUGAUGGGGUGAAGCAUCCGAACAUCGCACAAACCAACGGCCAAGGUGAUGACAAGUCAGUAUCUAGCGGCUCAACCCGGCGCGGGGGUCCUGGCCAAGGACGUUGUGGUGGCUGCAAUGCCCCCUUCCAACCAAAUGAACGCGAGAUUCUCGUUGGCUUUGCUUGCGGACACGUUUUCCAUCUCUCGCACUUGCAUUCAGAGGGAUCGCAGCAACCAUCCAGUGUGGGCACUCCGAACAGGUCUGCAGAUCGCACGCCCCGUCCUUCAUCCCCCUCCGAGGAGCCCACCACAUCAAGUGCCUCUCGCACGGUAGGCCCGAAGGUUACCACAGCACGUCUUUUGCGCGACAAGAUCGGCGACGGGUGUCGGAUCUGUGCUCUGACAAGGAAAAUCGAGUCCCUUGGCAGCGAAGGCGAAGUCUAAUUGAAUAAUCUCUUCAUAUACCCAUUUCUGCAUGUAAAUGAUCUUGCAUCCCCUUUGUUUCUUUUGAGAUACCCUGUGAUUUUACUCGGGCCACCUGUCGAUGCUGUGAAGAAGGCAAAUCCUAUGUAGUUGUCAAGUCACGUUUACAAGCUUUCAAGUGAUAUGCUAAUACCUUGGUCAUCAAAGGGGUGGCUACAAACGUCACUUCCUUGUUUUCUCGGAUCCGGCAUGUCUUUUUACAAUUAGCAACUCGGCAAAAAUUUUCGAAAUUUCGGGAUUGAGUAUCUUAAAUGUGCUCUGGGCAGAUUUAUCCGUCCCAGUCGGCGUAUUGUUCUAACAAACCGAGACGAUAAAAUCAAGCGGCAGGCCUGUCAUCAAAGCAUG